AUGAUCAGUUCAGAGGGGCGGUUCUGUAUAAUUUACUGCAUUGAUGAUCUUGUCGAUGUGACUACCUAUGUCAUUGAUUGCGAUACCCUCCGAUGCCUGCAGCUUAUCGGCCCUUCAAAGCUCCUCGGUAAUGAGGAUGAUUUCCGGAACACCUUCCUGGCUCUAGAACGAUACGUUGACCAGCUUGGCCCGGACAACCAUACCAUUAUUGUUGACGAAAAUGGGGAUUUGGUUAAGUUCACCAGCGAAGAUGUUACAAUGGAAAUUCGAUUUCCGAAGUACACCGGUGCAAUGGACAAACAUCAAGUCAUACGCCGAUCUGAGCUUACCGAAAUCGACAGGCUUAAUAAGUUUGUCGACCUGGUAGAAUACAACUCCUCAGACAGUGAGGCAAAGAAAGAGCUCGCUUUUUUCAAAUAUACCCUUAAUCAGAACUGGAUCUGGAGGGUUUGGAUAGACCUGCAUAUCCACAAAGCUCUUCAAGGCAACGAGCACUUCGUCCCUUUCCACCGUAUCAUCAUUGACGAUGUAACCGAGAACAUUCUUGGGUUCACAUAUAAAUGCCUAUCUGGGACCAGGCUUUACGAUUACGACGGUGUUUUCAACUUCUGUUGGCUAAAGCAGAUGACAGAUGCGGCGGACGAGCUAAAUCUACGUUACGGUGUCCUGCAUAAUGAUAUUUGUCCACACACCUUCCUCAUUGACCACGACAAGAACGAAGUCAAGUUAUAUUGUUUCGGCCUGAUAAUUAAGAUCGGCAAACAGACUAUGGUACCAUUGGCUGACGUUAACUCUCUCAUUGUCUGGGUAUAUCAAUUUCUCACAGGGGACAGGCAGUUCCUAGAUAGGUUAUUGCAUCAAGAGUCUGUCAGUAAGAUAGAAGAUAUGGGGGAGUGGAAGUUACAACGCCCUAUCGAAGAUGGAUUUGAUAUCUCAGAUUACAGGAAGCAUCUGAGGGACUAG